AUGGGAAGCCAAGAAUUUAUUGUACUUUAUACUCAUCAGAAGACAAAGAAGUCAAAAGUAUGGCAAGAUGGGAUUUUGAAGGUCACCCACUUAGGAAACAAAGCAAUUUUAUAUGAUGACAAAGGAGAUUGUCUGGAGAGCAUAUUUCUUAAGCACCUUGAGGUGAAACCUGGAGAUGACUUAGAAAGUGAUCGGUACUUGAUCACAGUUGAGGAGGUUAAAGGUGCUGGAAGCAUAGCUCUUAAGCACGAUGUCGUUAAAGAAGCACCAGAGUUAAAGUCAAGGAGGUUUGUCUCUUCUGGCCGAUCACUUGGAUGUCAGCCUGCUGGUUUAAAAAGGAAGUUUCCUGGUUUUUUAGGGCCAUAUCAAGUGCCAAAGAAAAUGGUUGCAACUGAAAAUGGACAACCUGCUGCAUCACUUGAAGCUAAGAAACCUGGUCCAACUUUUCUUUCUCCACUGUAUAGCAUGUCUCCUUUAUUUUCUACUGCUAGCCAGAAAGAUACAAAAAAUAUCCCAACAGACUCUAACAACACUGUCACAUACAAGAACAGAGAGAGAAAUGACUUGCUUUCUUCUUCAGUUGUCUCUACUCCAUCCUUUAAGAUUUACCCAGAAGUGCUAUGUAGAGAAAAUUAUUUUUGCUCUGCCGACAGCUCUGUAAGUAAGGACGCAGACUCUUUAGUGGCCAAUAAACCUAUGAAAAGAGAUAGGUUGACAUCUCACUGUUCAGGAAUUUCACAAAACAUCAGGAGCAAAGCACAGAUAUUAGCCCUUCUGAAGUCUAAAUCUACAAGUACAGGUAAAGAACUGAAUUCUGAGAAUACAGACCAUUUUCCACAAAUCCAUCCACAAGAAAGUAUAAAAAUCCCUGCUAAACCAAAGUGCUUAUUUGAACAAGAAAAGUGUACUGAGGUGAAGAGCAUAGAAACUUUACACUACCAGCAUCAAUCAGAAAGUGCCAUGAGAAAUAAGAGCCAAUGGGCCAUGUAUCUAUCAUCACAGAGUUCGCUUAUACAUUCUUCUGAUAUAGAUGAAAGUGGUACAGAAAGGAAACACAAGGUCCAGGAAGAUGAUAUAAAUGCAAAUAUGAAAGACCUUUUAAUACAAAAGAAGUUCUUUGAAACAGAUUGUGAAAUGGGGGAAAAGUAUAAUGAAGACAAGCAAGUAGAUGAUAACCAUCCAUCCUCCUGGGAUCAGGAAGUAAAUUUUGAAAUUACUUCAUCCAAUAAAAGUGCUAGCUUACCAGGUAACUAUAGCAAUGCAGAAAAUAAUGGCUUAUUAUCAGUACCUCAUGUUCAAGGAAAUAAUAAAAUAUCUCUUAAUCAUAAUGACCAAGUAUGUGUAAAAGGACCAAUUAUUACCAGAGAAAAUUCUUUGGAAGUAAAUACAUGUGGGACACCAGAAAUAGAAUGUAAACAACCAGUGUCUUCUCUGACAGACUGGGAGCAUAUACAGAUAGAAUCUUCUCUAAGUAACGAUUUUGGCAUCUCUGAUGAUAGCUCAGGCAUGUUUUCUAAAAGUAAUGCUAAUCAUGAAGGAAUUAAUAGUAUUAAUGAACCUAUGAGUGAUGUACCACAGCCAUUUUUGGAAAUAACUUUUAAUCUGAACAAUUUUGAGACCAGUGACACCGAGGAAGAACCACAGGAAGGCAGCAAAAUUUCCCAGGACUCAGAAUGUUUGGUAAAGGAAAUGUUGGUUAAUAACAAUUCAUGUGUUCAAAAGAGAUGUGAGAAUAAAAGCUAUAAGGAAAUUGGCAGUGAAAAUUUGCCUCUCUCAAUGUCUGUUGGUGGCAAACCUAUAGAGCCAUUACCUACUAGAGACACUCUGCCGACACAGCUUAGUGCUAGAACUCGUGUGGAUUUUGACACGGGAACUUUUAAAGCUGAAAAUACUGGGAAAGAAAGAAAGGAGUUUAGUGACACAUUAAGUAAUUUUGACUCUGAGUGGACUGGUGAUAUGUGUGUAGAUAGCAAUGAGGAUGCUAAUAAAUCUAUCCAGAAAAUCAAAACUGACUGUGAUGUUGUUUCACUCUCAAAUAAAUUUAAAGGCAUAGAAACAAACUUACAUAUUCAUCAGUUUUUAGGUGUGGCCACUGAUCAGACUCCUGAAAACAAUACCCUAUUUACAGAAGACACUCAACCUCAGCCUUUUAUUUUGGGAAGCAACUUGGACAAAACUGAUGAUCAGGUUUUCUCAUCACCCUCUAGCAAUGACAAUAGUAUCCAGCUAUUAAACACCAAUCAAAGUCAUUCUGAAUAUAUUGCACUUGAUGAAUCAACUACCCAAGUUUCCAAUACUUCCUUUUACCCUCUGAGAGAAAAGAGUUCUUUUUCCAAAGAACCAGAAGCACAUAGUCCUGGAUCUAAAGAUUUGGGGACGAUUGGAAGUUUAUCCCAUGAACACACUGAAAUAGAAAGUGCUGAAAAUUGCAAACGUGAUUGGAAUAAUUCUGGGAACUCUUCAGGACUUUCUGGAUUAGUGAAUAAUAUUUCCCUUUUAAGGUCUCUGUCUGAACACAGUACAGCUUUAGAAAGCUUGGAAGUAUUCCAAAAGAAAAAUACAUCUAAACAACAAGGAUUUCAGCAGACAUCUGCACCUGAAAGCAGUCCUGAAGAUAUCAUUCCAGAUGGUAGUCCACAGGUUACCUGUUCGAACUCACCCAGCAAUACCGCAGAAGAUCCAGGCCUGGUGAGCGGCUUCAGUCAAGAUUACAGUCAACUGAACUCUGUAGAGUAUGGAGUCUUUCCAAAUGAACACAUAAAUAAAGAAAUGUCUCAAGAUAACAUUUUAACAGGUUCAAAACCACUUACUACAGUAGUUUCACAAGCUAUACCAAAGUUGCAUCUUCUGAACCAGGAUUCUCCUCCACAGUUCCCAGAUAAAGAAAUCUUUCCAAAAGGAGGUACUAGCUUUAAUAUUGAAGACAAUUUUCAAAUGAUAGCAGAGUCUGAUAAGGAAUCCAUCGAAAAUUAUUGUUUUCCUCCUAGCAACUCAGAACAUUCUUAUCAUUAUUUGGAUUAUAAUUUCAAAUCAGCAAAGCGGACUCUGUGGGAAGCAAACAAGGUAACAUCAUCAGAACAAAAGAUAUCUACACUGAUUCCUGUUUCUACUUUUUCUUUGCCUUCAAGAGAUGAAGACUUCAUGCCAGAAUUCUCUAACGAGUCCCUGAGAGCAAGAACUUUACAUGGUAAUCUUCACUUUCUCAACUUAGAGGAUACAUUCUGUUUUCUUUCAGGAAUGAAGAAACCCAGUUCUCUGGAGAAGAAGAACUUUCAAAGACUUCCAUUAGUAAGUAGAGCCCGAGUUCCAAUUAUUACUUUGCCUCCUGCUGAUGGACCACCUGACUUAGACUCUUGCUCAUAUGUGAUCAACUGUGACACACAGGAGUCCUCUGAUUCACCUAAAUUCAACUUGUGGGAAGAGUCAGCAUUUCCAUCUUUUAACUUUGAGCCUGAGGACCAAAGUGAAGCUUUUUUCUUUGAAGACUCUGAGGAAGAGACCCCAGGGGGCCUUUCGCUUCUCAAUAAUGUAUCUACUGAAAGCAAAUGGCUGAAAUAUCAGAGCACACCCCAGUGCAACUUGACUACAUUAGAUAAAGUUGAUAAGAAAGUAAGAGAUGUCUUCUUUGCUGAGGCUAUUUCAAGAAUGCAUUUUAGUGACACAGGCGAAAGGCAGAGUGAUGCUAUGAAUAAAAGCUCUUUAGACUCUUUGCAUUUGCAAAUGAUGAAAGGCAUGCUCUAUCAGCAGCAGCAGAAAUUUAGCAGUCAAGAUUUGAUUUCCAGAAAUACAGCACUUUCUCUGAAUUUAGAGCAGACUUUCAAGACUGAAGAAAUUCAAACUAUGUUAGGAGAGUCUGCCUACUACAGCUGCAGUAUAACAAGUAAUGUACAGGAGAUAAAUGCCUCUGAGCUAUCAUUCCCAAGUGGGCAGAAAAUAAAAUCUGUUUAUCUUCCUCAAAGGCAAAUUCACAUACCAGCUGUUUUUCAGUCUCCUGCUCAUUAUAAGCAGAUUUUUACAUCUUGCCUCAUAGAACAUCUAAAUAUAUUGCUGUUUACAUUGUCACAAAAAUUAUACAAAGCUCUUUCAAACAUUGAUAUAUCAUUUUACACAUCUUCAAAAGGAGAAAAACAAAAAAAUGUAGAAAAUAAUGUGCCAUCCUGCCAUCAUCAUCAACCUGCAAAACUUGUCAUGGUUAAAAAAGAAGGCCCAAAUAAGGGUCGUCUGUUCUACACAUGUGAUGGACCCAAAGCUGACCGAUGUAAAUUUUUCAAGUGGCUUGAAGAAGUGUCUCCAGGAUUGACACAGGCAGAAUAUCGACCCAGCAUGGUUUUAAGUGAUAUAAAGAGUAUUGGCUUAUAUUUAAGAAGUCAAAAGAUACCACUCUACGAGGAAUGCCAACUUUUGGUGAGAAAAGGAUGUGAUUUCCAGGGAAAACAAUAUGGCAAACUAAAGAAGUUUACUACUGUAAAUCCUGAAUUUUAUAAUGAACCUAAAAGCAAACUGUAUCUUAAGCUGAGUAGGAAGGAAAGUUCCUCAAGUUACAGCAAAAAUGAUCUUUGGGUGGUUUCAAAAACCCUAGACUUUGAACUAGAUACUUUUAUUGCAUGCAGUGCUUUCUUUGGACCAUCAUCUGUCAAUGAGGUGGAGCUACUGCCUUUGAAAGGCUAUUUCCCCUCUAAAUGGCCCACUAACAUAGUGGUCCAUGCAUUGUUGGUUUGUAAUGCUAGCACAGAGCUGACCACUUUGAAAAACAUUCAGAACUACUUUAAUCCGGGUACUCUACCUCUAAUGCAGCACCUGUUAACAAUGUCUUCACCAAGUACAGUUAGCAACAAGAGAGUCAAUAAAAAAAAAUUUAUCCCUCCAGCGUUCACAAAUACUAACACAAAAUUUGAAAUAAGCCCAGGAACAACAUUGCAGUUAGCUAGUGAGCUAAUUCAGGUGCACAAGUUAAACAAGGACCAAGCUACAGCUCUAAUUCAAAUAGCUGAAAUGAUGGCAUCACAUGAAAGUGUUGGCAUGGAGGAAAUGCAACCCCAUACCCUACCUAUCACGAUUAUACAUGCUUACAUAAGUGUAGACCCACUCUUAACAUCUUCUGGUUCUGUCCCAGUAAAGAAGCUAUACUUCCUCCUAUUCAGUUACUUGCAUGCGGGCUCAGAAAAUGAAAAUGAACAAUUAAAAGAACUACAUGCACUAAUGAAAGAAGACCUGACUCCUGUGGAAAGACUUUAUGUGAGAAAAAGUAUUGAGCAGCAUAAACUGGGAACCAACAGAACUCUGCUGAAGCAGGUCCGAGUUGUUGGAGUUACCUGUGCAGCCUGCCCAUUCCCAUGCUUGAAUGAUCUUAAAUUUCCUGUAGUCGUGCUGGAUGAAAGUAGUCAAAUAACUGAACCGGCCUCUCUCCUUCCCAUUGCAAGGUUUGAAUGUGAAAAGCUGAUUCUUGUUGGAGACCCUAAACAACUGCCUCCUACUAUUCAGGGUUCUGAUGCUGCUCAUGAAAAUGGAUUGGAGCAAACUCUUUUUGAUCGACUUUGCUUAAUGGGUCACAAGCCAGUUAUACUGAGAACCCAAUAUCGUUGUCACCCUGCUAUCAGUGCUAUCGCUAAUGAUCUGUUCUAUGAAGGAAACCUUAUGAAUGGUGUUUCAGAAACAGAGAGAAGCCCUUUGUUGGAAUGGCUGCCAACCCUGUGUUUCUAUAAUGUCAAAGGACUGGAACAGAUUGAAAGAGAUAAUAGCUUUCAUAAUGUGGCAGAAGCUGCUUUUACACUCAAGCUGAUUCAGUCACUGAUUGCAAGUGGAAUAGCAGGCUAUAUGAUUGGGGUGAUAACAUUAUACAAAUCCCAGAUGUACAAGCUUUGUCAUUUACUCAGUACAGUGGACUUCGACCAUUCCAAUAUUAGAGCUGUCCAGGUGUCGACGGUAGAUGCUUUUCAGGGAGCUGAAAAGGAGAUCAUAAUUCUGUCCUGUGUAAGGACAAGACAAGUGGGAUUCAUUGAUUCAGAAAAAAGAAUGAAUGUUGCAUUGACCAGAGGAAAGAGGCAUUUAUUGAUUGUGGGAAAUAUAGCCUGUUUGAGGAAAAAUCGGCUAUGGGGACGUGUGAUCCAACACUGUGAAGGAAGAGAAGAUGGAUUGCAACAUGCAAGCCAGUAUGAGCCAUGGCUCAACCAUCUCCUAAAAGAUUAUUUAGAAAAAAGAGCAGAAGAAAAACAGCAGAAAAAGAGUGAAAAAGAGAAAUCUCCAAGUAAACUUCUUUCACAAACAGACAUUGUGUAG